CCUGCACAUGCUGAGACCACCAGCAACACUGACUGGCAAGUCAGCCAGGAGUCACAUCCUAGCGCUGCACCUAGCCACUGAGAAACUGACACAGGCAAAGGGUUAAUGGAUGAUACGAGUAUCCACUGUGCCUCUCCAUUUGUCUUGCCCUGCGCACCAACGUGCUUCAGCUUACACCUGGAAGGAGCUUGCUGUGCUGAGAAGGUGAAUUUAAUAUCCAAGCCCAUCCACUCCUGGGUCUCUCCGACUGCCAGCCAGGUGGACAAGCCGUGCCCAUUCGGAGGAUGUCUUUAGUGACACAGAUCCCUGUCUUUUAUGAAUGGCAGGGAGACUCCCUGAAGCAUUCCACAUAAGACCACAUGACAUGGCUGCUCCUCAUUCUCACCCUUAGCCCGAGGCUCACCAUGGUCCAGCUCUCUGCUCACAGCCCAUCUCUGGAACUUUGUCCCUGAUUAUUCAAUGGACUCUCUGCAAUACUCAGUGGAAAGGGCCAGAUUCUUGCUCAGCACAGAACCUGAAGCGAGGGGGAUAUGGACAGAUGGAUAACGAAAGUGGCUAAAAGCGGUCUUUUCACUCACCUGAUCCAGGAAGCAUAUCGAGGCCAGUUCAGAACCCUGGACACACAUACCAAUGCUGCUUCUGCAAUAGACCCAGACAGUGAACCUGACCGGUCAGAUUUUGCACAUGAUGAACUCGAGAGGCCACAAACUCCACUGCAGGUGCACAAACCCCUGUACUGAAGGAUGUGCACAUUGGAAAUACCUGACUUUGAAGACUGACCGCUUCACUCCUUGGUUGAAUUUUUCUUUUUGAAUACAUGCCAGUGGGCCGGCACCGAGGAACCACCCAGCGAUAACCAAAGCUUGCAAAGGCUGCCACUCCGGAAGCAACCCUGCAGUAACAAACCGGGGUGUGAAGUCUCACACUGAGCAACAACACUGCCAUAACAAGUUGUGCGUACAGCCGCGCCCGCCGGAGCCACCCUACGCACGUGACUGUGGCAGGAAAAUGAUUGGCAUGAGAGCAGAGGCCGAGUUCCUGAGGAGGUGGAUGGAGCUGAGUGAGGAGAUGAGCCUGGAAGGAGAGUCGAUGGGGAACAGCUCUGAAUCUGGCAUUCAGCUCCUGGAGAAUAACUCACCAUCUGCCCCUGUGCACCAGGACUGGAGAGAGCUUCACCUGGCAGCUUGGGAUGGCAACGCCCACCUUAUGAAGCAGCUACUGCGGCAGGGGGCAGCGAUAGAGAGCAGGGAUGAGAAUGGAUGGACGCCCUUACACAGUGCCACGCUGAAGGGGUCCAUCAUGCUGGUGAAGUUCCUGGUGCAGCGCGGAGCCGUGGUCCAUGCCACGGACCGGGCACACUACACCCCGCUGCACCAUGCCUCUUGGAGCGGCCAUACCCAAGUGGCUGAGUUUCUCCUGGCUCGGGGAUCCCCAGCAUCAGCCGUGACUAAAGGGGGCCUCACCCCACUUCACUGUGCAGCAGCCAGCGGUCACACCCUCAUUGUGCAGUUGCUCCUACGACAAGGCACAGAUCCUGCCAGCGGGGACAACAACCGGUGGACGGUACUGCACUGGGCAACUGUGAACAGCCAGCUGCAUAUUAUGGACUUGCUGAUUUGCCAGGGUCUCUCCCCAGACCUGGGCAGUAAUGGAGGCAUCACAGCACUGCACAUCGCGGCAGAGACGGGAAGAAGUGAUGCUCUAAGGUUCUUGCUAGCCAAGGGUGCCAACAUCAAUGCUCAGGAUGGGCUGGGGAGAACAGCACUUGCCAUUGCAUCCAAUAAUGGCAAUCAAGAGAUUACAGAACUGUUGCUGAAAAGCAAAGCUGAUGUGAACUUGAAGGACCACUACGGCUGCACGGCACUCCACAAGGCAGCAGCUGCGGGACACUUGGCCCUCGUCCACCUGCUGAUAAAGACAGGCGCUGUUGCCAACAUUAGGGACUGUCUGAAUCUGACUCCGCUUCACAGAGCUGCCUGCUGUGGGCACAGCGAGGUAGCCAGUUACCUUCUGGACCAUGGAGCUGAGAUCAGUGCAGCUGGCUGGCUAAACAAAACCCCGCUGCACUUGGCUGUGGAAAAAAAUCACUUCCUUUUAAUGGAGCUGCUGCUGGGGAAGGGGGCAAGUCCGUCCCUCAGAACUCGCUGGCAUGAAACGGCACAGGAUCUAGCAUCAGACAGGGUCCUUCCUGCGGGCACUCCAUCCACUUCCCAGGAGAAGACGACGAGCUGCAAUCCGGACCUGAACUAGAUCCCAACUCAAGUACAGUUAGCUG